GCGUCACAUGGCUGCUAAUCAAAAGGUGACCGUGCUGGAGCAUUGCAGCGUCGCCCCGCCGCCGGGCACGGUGGUGGAAAGGUCACUGCCGCUCACUUUCUUCGACAUAAUUUGGCUAUCUUUCUCCCACAUCCAACGCCUAAUAUUCUACGAAUUCCCUUGUUCCAAAACCCAUUUCAUGGAAACCCUCAUUCCUAACCUCAAAGACUCUCUCUCCCUCGCUCUCAAACACUUCUUCCCACUUGCCGGUAACUUGGUGUUUUCUUCAAGUUCUAGCAAGCCUCAAAUUCGAUACGAGGAGGGCGACUCCGUUUCACUAACCUUUUCUGAGUCCGAGUCGUUCUAUGAUUUCAUGGAUCUUGUAGGGAAUCAUCCAAGAAAGGCCAUCGAUUUUCACCCUUUUGUUCCUCAAUUUCCACUAGUUGCUAAAUCAUCAGAUUCUAUAAGAGUUCCAGUGCUCUCUCUCCAAGUGACAUUAUUUCCAAACAAGGGCCUGUGUUUCGGAUUGACCAAUCACCAUGCUGUUGGUGAUGCAAACUCCAUUUUCAAUUUCAUGAAGGCAUGGGCUUUGAUUACUAGGUGUGGUGGAGAUGGCCCAUAUCUGGUAGGUGGGUCCCAACCUAUAUUUGAUAGGACUUUGAUCAAAGACCCGAAAGGGUUAGACAACAUUUUUCUGAGUCGACAGGGAACAACCACACUAGAGCAACAACUUCCCACCAACAGUGAUAAGUUUAGAGCUACCUUUAUAAUGAGCAGGACCAAUAUCCAGGGAUUGAAGAGCUUGGUCAUGGCCAAAAGACCAGGAUUGGUUCAUGUAUCAACUUUUACAGUAAUAUGUGCUUAUAUAUGGACUUGUAUGGUGAAAUCAAAAGCUGCAAUUGGGGAGGAGGGUGAUGAAGAUGAACCCUAUCACUUCAUAUGUGCUGGAGACACUCGGGCCCGUUUGAAUCCACCUAUUCCAGCAACUUACUUUGGUAACUGCGUAGUGGCAGCAUGCAUUGCAACUGUAAACUGUAAGAAACUAGUGGGAGACGAAGGUUUCAUAUUUGCAGCGGAGGCGAUCGGAGAGGACAUUCGUGAGAGGUUGUACAAUGAAGAGGGAGUGUUGAAAGAUGCAGAAAAUUGGCUGUCUGGCGGGAAAGAAAUUAACUGGGAGAGAACUGUUGGGGUAGCUGGGUCUCCCAAGUUCAACUACUAUGAUAUUGAUUUUGGGUGGGGAAAGCCCAAGAAGUUCGAAUUUGUGUCCAUAGAUAUUACAGGAGCAAUGUCCUUAAAUGGUUGCAGGGAUUUAGAUGGAGGCAUUGAAGUUGGUUUGUCCUUGCCUAAAGCUCAAAUGGAUGCUUUCGCUACUAUUUUUGCUGGAGGUCUCUAAAUUUUAUAAGCAUUAAGGAUGGUUGUUACAACACAAAUAACAUAUAGAAGGUACUACUAGUUCUCUGGUCAUCUGAAUUGAGGGCUGUGGUAGAAGGACUCCUGUUAUAUUUGAUUGUGCAAUGUACUUGCUUUUGUGAUUCCCUUUUAUUUUUUGGUAAUUUUUUUUUUUGCAACACGUUGUUUGAUUUGUAUUUAUUUCUAUUUGUAUUGGUAUUGAAUAAUUUAUAAUAUAAAAUAAAAUAAAUCUUUAAAAAAU